AUGGUAUUGAGUAACUUGAAGAGGUUCCUCCUGAGUAGCAGCAAGCAGGAGUGGAGACCCAGUCUGGACCAGGAGGACCCAGAGCCCCCACACAUUAAAGAGGAACAGGAGGAAGUCAGGACCAGUCAGGAGGGAGGGCAGCUUCAAGGGUUCACAUUCACUCUUGUCCCUGUGAAGAAUGAAGAUGAUGAUGAUGAUGAGAAACCUCAGUCCUCACAGCUUCAUCAAAGACUAACUGAACAGAUGAAAACAGAUGAUGGAGAGGACUGUGGAGGACCAGAACCAGACACAAUAUUUGGUCAAGAAGAGGUUCCCCCUGAGCAGCAGCAGGAGUGGAGCCGCAGUCUGGACCAGGAGGACCCAGAGCCCGAACACAUUAAAGAGGAACAGGAGGAAGUCAGGACCAGUCAGGAGGGAGAGCAACUUCAAAGGUUCACAUUCACUCCUGUCCCACAAAGCAAUUCAACGGCCAUUCUUCAGUCUGAUUCUGAAGGAGUGGUUUGUGCCGGUUCUUCCUGUUUGAACGGCUUUAUGGAAGAACAUUUCAGCCAAUGUGAGGAUAAAAAAGGAUUCUUGGGGAUGAAGAAGUGUGAAGAACCAGAGAGGACUCUGAGCCAGCAGCCACCGCAGUCGAGGAACGCCACAAUGUCAGGAUGUAACGCACAUUUUAUCUGAGAGAAUGAGGAUGUUUGUUUAUCUUGUGUGUAGUGGUUACUCAAUCUGUGACGUAUUGAUUAUCUGUCACUGAUUGAUAAUCAUUAUUAUUAUUGAAUAUUAUUGUUUUAUGUAUUUACGGUCUCAGAACUGCAACAAGCUGUAAAAUAAACAAAUACAUUUAAACCAACAAA